GAGGAAAAUUUUCUCUCAGUCGACGGUGCACCAAACAAGUGACUCGUGAGUGCAGAUCCCAUUUCAUUAGAAAAAUUGGUUGUAAAAGUAGUAAAUAUCUGGUUUAAAAUAGUGCGAAAGUGAAGACGAGUGGUCGGAGAACGUUUUGCAGUAAUAUUCGGAUUUAGUCGAAGCCCGACAUCGAAGGCAAAAUGUCGGCUCAGCAGUUUUCUCUUCGUUGGAAUAAUUACACCAACUACAUAACCGGGGCGUUUGAUUCGCUUCGCUACGAGGAAGAUCUUGUAGAUGUAACGCUAUGCUGCGAGGGUCGAAAAAUACGAGCCCAUAAGAUCCUGCUGUCUGCAUGCAGCGCCUAUUUUAAGGAGAUUUUCAAAGAAAAUCCCUGCCAGCAUCCGGUUAUCAUAUUUAAGAAUGUAAAAUACACCGACCUUAUGUCGAUCGUAGAAUUCAUGUACCAGGGCGAGGUUAGUGUGGUACAAGAAUCUUUGCCCUCUUUUUUGCAUACCGCGGAAUUGCUUUCUAUUCGCGGUUUGACCGACAACAGCGGAGACUCAAGACAACAGCAAAACCCGCAACCGACAUCAUCUCUGGCUCAGCAGAUUAUUCAAACUCAAAAUCAAAGUUUGCUGGACAAAGCAACAAUCACGACGGCAGAGUCGGUGUACCUGACAUUGCCGUCCAAUUCGACCAUCGUUCAUCAGCCUGCCAAAUUGCUGCAGGCUCAAAUCCAGACGGCCCCGCAAAUAUUAAAUAAAACAAUCAUUAAAACAACCCCGGCGGAGAUUCCAGCUUUGACUGCUGCAGGUGCCACCAUUACCGUCCCGAUUUCCCAACCACAACAGCAGCACACCAUUGCAGCGAAGAUACAAGUCCAGCCCCAGCAAACCACAACCGUACAACAGCAGCAGAUUCAAGUACACCAGCAACAGCAACAAGUUCAAGUUCAUCAGCAACAACCGCAGCAGCAACAGGUGCAAGCCACCACAUUGCAGGAAGUAGUAGAAAGUGUCGUCAGUCAGCCGAAGAAGAAGAAAAUUAAAGUACAACAAAUUAUCACUUCAACCCCAAAUCAAACGGUAAGCGGAGCAGCGGCAACUACAACCGUUGUAACGGCUCAGGUUCCUCAGGGAGCCACAGCGACAUCUGCCGACACAGAAAUCUACGAAACGGCAACGGAAACCUACCACAUUACGGCAAAGGCAGAAUCGGACGAGCAGAGAGCACAGGAACAUGAGCAAGAAACAUACACAGAAACGGCACAGGCUAGUGGUACCACAUUGAAAAUGGAAAUCCCGGAAUAUAUUGACUGCAGUGAGGGUAUUAAUGCUUCUGGUGCGAACAACACGACCUAUAUUCAAGAAGAAAGCUAUGAACUGGUUGGCGAAAACAUAGAAGACAAAGACGUGGAUGACGAGGACAUGAAUCAGGACGGCAUUGAGAUGGAAGCUUCGGAUAUGGAUAUGAGUCGAAUUUUCCAAGGAGCAACCGAUGAACAAACCAAGGCUAAUAUAUUGCAAGACGCUGAGCUCCGUUUCCGCUGCAGUAUCUGCUGGAAGGGCUUCAAGCAUCCGAUGUCAUUGACCCUGCACAAGGAUUUGCACUCGGGAAAAACCAAAUGUCCCGUUUGCUUGCGUUCUUUCUCGCGGAGCUAUGACAUGCGGAUUCAUCUGAGCAAAAUCCAUAAAAUCACGCUCAAACUCGAUGCCAAAUUGAACAUAAAGAAUAUCAGCAAUUUGAAUUGCGAGUUUUUUUGAAAUUAUUCACCCGCUUCGGCUGAAUGACAUUGAUGAUGAAAGAGACCCAGGUGGAAGAACCGAAAAUAAUGAAAUUUUGUUUGGCCAGGACGGAUCCCGCAAUGCUUCCUAGAAGCAGCAAAUAAUGUAAAACAUUUAGCGAAAGUUUCAUUUAUAAUUAGGGGAAGUGUUUUCCCCUUCUUGUUGUAUAAUAGGCUUUAUCAGACUGAUCAGAAGGGAUGAUUGUAGGUUAUUUAUUAUUGUGCAAAACUAUAGCAAAACAAAAGAAGAAUAAAUCAAACGAUUUGUUGUAUAUUACUAAGAAAUAUUUAUUUGAUUGAUGGAAUGAAAAUUCGGAACGAUCCUGUCACCUUUAUUACCCAUAUAAAAUAUCAGACAAAACAGGUAUUGAUUUUAUUGGUCAUAAUCCAUACACGUAAAACCGCUAUGUUUUACAGUCUGUAAUAAAGGAUUGAGACAGAUUGCACUGAUAUAGGGGAACAUACCGUCGGAUUUACGCCCCGAGGCCCGUUUACUGUGUGUGUGUAACAAAGUUUCAGGCAUUGAAUGAACGCUGACUUCCUAAGGCACAUCAUUGUUGUGUACUACCAUGUUUCAUGUUUGCUCAAACACUUCUUCGAAUAGUAUAAAAUUGUGCUCUUUCGUAGUAAACGAUUUGGAAAGCGCAACACUUUAAAAAAGAAAACUCGCUACACUACACGGUUUCACUCGGAGAUAAAUCCAAACUUGUUACCCCCUAUGUGCAGCUCAGCUUGGUUGUACUUAGAACUGCAUGGAAUGAAAGAGAAUGGCAAAAUUAACACACACCUUUUCCUCUUCU